UCCACCUCCGUCUCCCGCUGCAUGCACAUCAUACCAUAUCAUACAGAGGCUACCAUUACUGCCCCAGAGCUAACAACAUACCCCUCAACAACAGAAGCAGCAUUUUACGGCGCAGGCAUUGAUGGAGGGUCUACUCGGAGGUGUUUGGGAAGGACACUAUGUUUCCCUGUGUCUCCUCCUGGUCCUCUUCUGAUCCCCCCGGCGCUCUCGGCCAUGCUCCGCCCCUUCCCUCGGUACAGCCGCCCAACCAGCCACUGCCCGACCUGCUGCGGAGCUGUGCCGCGUUCCCUUCCCCAGCCGAGCAUCUGAGACCCUGCAACUUCGAGAUGGAAUCCAUGAUCGUGGUGACAGAAUACGAGCCCAGCGGUAGCUCUGGGCAUGAAGGCGGAGAGGAGGAGGAAGUAGAGGACAUGGAUAGUUCGGAAACACCUGAACCGUCAUCGUCGAUUCCAGUUCCGCCCUUCCGUGUGGUCUCCUGUGAUCUUCUAUCCCACACGGUUGGCCGUUCAGAAGCCCUUUUCCCAGAACCGCAGGAGCACAGAGGAAGACUCAGCCUUUCCGACCGGAAGCUCUCGCUGCAGGAACGCUCGCAGACGCUUUCGUCGCCCUGCGGUUCGCCUGGGCUCAACGGACGUUAUAUCUACCCGUCACUGCCCUAUUCCCCGAUCACCUCUCCGCACUCAUCUCCACGCCUCCCUCGAAGACCGACCGUGGAGUCUCAUCGUGUCUCCAUCACAGACCUGCAGGAUUGCGUGCAGCUCAACCAGUACAAGCUGAAAGAUGAGAUCGGAAAGGGCUCCUAUGGAGUUGUCAAGCUGGCGUACAAUGAGGAUGACAAUACCUACUAUGCCAUGAAAGUGCUGUCCAAGAAACGGCUGAUGAGACAGGCCGGGUUCCCGCGCAGACCACCUCCUCGCGGAGCAAAAUUGGCCCCUGAGGGUCCACCUCAGCCCAAAGGGCCUUUGGAGCGUGUUUACCAGGAGAUCGCUAUCCUCAAGAAACUCGAUCAUCCUAAUGUGGUCAAGCUUGUGGAGGUUCUGGAUGAUCCAGGCGAGGACCAUCUGUACAUGGUAUUCGAGCUUGUCAACCGAGGAGCGGUGAUGGAGGUUCCUACUGAUAAGCCCCUGGAUGAGGACCAAGCUCGCUUCUACUUCCAGGAUUUGCUGAGAGGAAUGGAAUACCUACAUUAUCAGAAAAUAAUCCAUCGGGACAUCAAGCCUUCCAACCUGCUCGUGGGUGAAGAUGGUCACAUUAAGAUAGCGGACUUUGGGGUCAGUAACCAGUUUGAAGGAGCCGAUGCCCUCUUGACCAGCACAGUUGGGACGCCGGCAUUCCUCGCCCCCGAAACACUCUCAGAGACCCGCAAGAACUUCUCUGGAAAGGCACUGGAUGUAUGGGCAAUGGGAGUCACCUUACAUUGUUUCCUCUUUGGAGUGUGCCCAUUUAUGGAUGAGCGUAUUUUAAGCCUUCAUCAGAAGAUCAAGACUCAACCUGUUGAAUUUCCAGAGAAUGCAGACAUGUCAGAUGACUUGAAGGAGCUCCUCCUCAAAAUGUUGGACAAGAACCCUGAAAGCAGAAUAACGGUGCCACAAAUCAAGGUGCACCCGUGGGUGACGCGGCACGGUGCUGAGCCACUCCCCCCGGAGGAUGACAACUGCUGCAGCAUGAUAGAAGUGACAGAGGAAGAAGUGGAGAACUCGGUGAAGCACAUCCCCAGCCUGGCCACCGUGAUCUUGGUAAGGACGAUGCUGCGCAAGCGUUCUUUUGGGAACCCGUUUGAUUGGGGCCGCAGGGAAGACAGGAGUCAUGCUGCACCAGGUCACAUGCUAUUAAAAGGGAGAGCAGGAAGUUUGAAAAACUGCCGCAAUCUCAGUACCCAAAGGAAACAAGAGAGCGAGGAAGGCAUGCGGAGCAUGGACCUGCCCUUCGUAGGCGAGGAUGAAGUUCUUUCCUGAUACUUGCGGGUGUUCCGCUCGCAACGCAGCGAGGGGCCAGUUAUGGCAUCCGGAAGGAUGGGAACUCUGUGCAUGGACGGAAAUCAAAGGGGCCCUGGGUUGUCGAUGUGGAGGGUGCCCAUCCACCCACUCCAUGCAUGCAUUUGUACGGUCCUCUGCAGCAUGCAUUGUAUCUGUCCGCCCAGGUCUCUGCUCUGUCUCUCAGGACCUGUUUUUCCUUGUGUGUGAGCGUUUGCGUGUUUUAACACUCCUCUCUGGUAUGGAGACUCUGCUUUACUCCUCUACUUCAGCUAGGGGGCGCCACUGCAACGGGCAGAAGGUGAAACGGACUGUAAUGUCUAUUUUAUAAAUUCUAAGAAUUUCUUAGAAUUUAGGAACUUGUACAGUUUCUUAGGUUUGUCCACAGUGUUUACAAUUUCAGGUUAACGUAAUAAAUUGGAAAAAGAUGAAAUAGCUGACAACCUGCAAUGAUUUUGGGUUUCACAAGCCUACAAAAGCUUCCCAAACUUUGUAUGAAAUAUUACAUUUAUUAAAUAAGUGUGUAUUUUUCCUUUAAAUUCUUUAAAAUUGAUAAGGAGAUAAAUCAGGGUGAAAACUGAAAAUACAGAUAGGUUUGUAUGUGUGUGUUUGUAUCUAACAUCGCAGAGCUUUUCGUUUGUAUUGCAAUGUCUGCGUUGUAGAUGGUGGAUGGGACCAAACCUUGAAACUAUCUAUUUCUUUUUUUUUAAUACAGCAAAGCCCAAAUCUUAGAGAUGAGGGAAUUAUGGUCAAAGCAUGGAUUUCAUAUUUUUAACUGGUAGGUUAAUUGCUUAGGGCACAAGUAACCUUUAAAAAAUGCCAAAAAUGGGCAUGGCGUCGAUUUUUCUCCUUGUUUGUUACAUGACCCUUUUAAUCAUGAAGGCAGCAGUCACUGUAUUUUCACUUCAUAUGUAGAUUUACUGAAACGUAGUUGUGCAUUUCAAACGUUGUCAAUAACAGAGUGGAUUGUCAACAUUUCUUAUAUCAGACACAUACGCUAAGGUUCUUGAAGAAUUUCAAUAAUUUUGUGCAAUCUAUGCAUGACUUUUUCACUUAAGGAAUCAAUGUUCGUCAGUCGGUCUGUUUGGACACAAAUGUAUGCCUUACAUUUUCAUACUCCAACAUAAUAUAAGUGUAGCAUAAGUCAUGUGUAGAGUUUUUUGGUACGAUAGAUUUGUAGAUAAAAUAGAAUCGGAGAUUAAAUGUUGUAAACAGCGUAGGAAAUAUUGUAACUUGCUCAAUUCUCAGUUCUAGUCCAAAGCCCUGUUGAGAUUUUCUCAAUGUGCACUAUGUUCAUGUAUCUGUUGUGUUUUUUAAUCUACGAUUGUUGGUUUGCUCUAAUUAGCCAUUGUUGUCUGAGUGAUGGUGCUUUUCCACCGCUGGACACUUAUGAAAUUGAAAACAUGAUUCAUGCUUCCAUGUAUCAAGCGAGUUUCUGCACAAAUAGAUUGAAUGUAUGUUGUUGUUUCACCGUGUAGCUAGUCAACUCUAUACGUUUUAUCACUUUUUUGCUUUACUGCAUGUAAAACUGCUGUAUUUGAUAGUGGUUAGUUGGUUUGUAAGCUUUUAUUUACUUUGAAAAUUAAAUUUUUGUGUUGAUACUAUUACUAUGCAUAACAAAGCUAAGUAUAUGGUGCGGUUUUGGAUCAGUCAGUUGGUCUUGUGUUUGUUAUACUGGAUGUCUAAUAUUUAAAAUUGAAGGAAACCUGUAUUGUUGACAUAACGCAUGUGCACUGAUGACAGAAGAUGGUUAUCCAAGACCAGUGUAUUGGACAUUUUUACUAAUUUUGAAGACCUUAAAUAAUAUAUUCAGGACCUGACCACCGUUUCCCCCUUUUUAAAUAAAUAUGUACUAAGAUUAUAUAAAAAUAUAUAUUGGAGCGGAAUAUAGAUAUGGGGAAGUAACUUUGCAUAUUAGAUUAUUUAGUACAAGUCUAAUUGAUGGAUUCCAUGUGACGCAUGCUUAUUGAAAACCUAAAAUGAAGGAUGAGGCCUUCAUAACAUUUUCUUUUGUUGCAAAUGAUGAGUUUUUUCCCGUCUACACCAUUUUCACAGACUGACCUUGCAUAUAUUGCGUUGAAUAGAUAGACUGUAAAGGUUUAUAUUGAAUGCUGUACUGUAUAUUUAUAAUCUCUAAAUAUCUUCACAGUUUCUGCCCAGUUUUUCUUAAAGGGCUCGAUAAAUGUUUGCACCCAUAUCACACAUAAGGUGGCAUUUUAAGAGGGCUGUUUACACGGAUGUUACAUAGCUGCAUGCCAUCACUAUCACCUGGUUCAUACAGCAUGUUUGUUUUUAAGCAUGUUUGAACUCUUUCCAACAUCUGCUGAUCUCACUGCUGAACAUUCUAUAUAUUGUAUCCAGUUAAUUAUUUGAAUAAAUUAAAGUUGCCUAUA